AUGGACCCAAAUCCUCGGGCAGCUUUGGAGCGCCAGCAGCUCCGGCUUCGGGAGCGGCAGAAAUUCUUCGAGGACAUUUUACAGCCUGAGACGGAGUUUGUCUUCCCCCUGUCCCACCUGCAUCUUGAGUCGCACAGACCCCCCAUAGGUAGUAUCUCAUCCAUGGAGGUGAAUGUGGACACACUUGAGCAAGUGGAGCUUAUUGACCUGGGGGAUCAAGAUGGAGCGGAUGUGUUCUUGCCUUGUGAAGACCCUCCACCAACUCCCCAGACGUCUGGGGUGGAUGACCGUCCCGAGGAGCCGAGCCUGCCAGUGCCCACGCCAGACAGAACGACAUCUCGUACUUCCUCCUCGUCCUCCGACUCCUCCACCAACCCCCACAGCGCCGAUGCCAGUGACGGCGGAGCAGACACGCCCCUGGCACAGUCUGACGAGGAGGAGGAUGGAGGCCAUGACGGCGGGGCAGAGCCCGGAGCCUGCAGCUAGCAGUGGGCCCCCACCUACAGACUGUGUGAGCUGCGUCGUCUCCACUGGAGACCCCAGGCCUGGCCAGAGCCCUUCGGAGAAGACCAGACUCUUUAGUGCAGUAGGCACCAGGGGGAGGAAAGGAGGAUGGGAUGGUGUGCCUUCCUGGGAAUUAACCCGCUCCUGCUUUACUGCUAACCUUCCCCUGCUGCAUCCUUCUGCUAUUCGUUAGAAUAUUUGGAAUUAGCUGGGCAUUUGGAAUAUAGUUUUGAACAAGAUAGGCGCCCUGCUUUCAAGGGGGAGAAAAAAUCAAGAAAAUACCAUGGUUUUGGCUUACUGCUGAAGUAGGGCCCACAAGUGAGGAGAUGGAAGAUGAGCUAGGACGAGACGCCACUGCUUUUCUUAGUGCUCUUCCCUCCUCCAGACUUCCUGAGUCUCCUAAACCAGUGUCUCUAGGCGGCCGUGAACUCCUUAACCCUCCCAGGGAGAUGGCCCUGCAGCCAUCCUGCUUCCUUCCGUCCUUUCUGGAACAGGGCACGGCGUGAAUAAUAAACAGAUAACAACAUA